AUGGACAUAUAUCACACUGGAAAGGAAGAUGCCAGCGAUGACCACAAGUUCAUCAAUGAAAGACUACUUGAGGUGGCCCUUCCACCCGAACCCACUGACGGGUCAACCCUGACCCUCGAAGACUGCUUAGAAGCUUACUUCAACAAUCGAAUUGAAGUGAAGCGGCAUUUAGAACGGCGGAAUACCGUUAGCUCCACUCGCUCUGUGGAUUCAAUGUCUAUUUCGAAGGGCUUUACAGCACAUAUCGAGGAGAUUGAAACAACGCCGACACUAUCCCCAGUUCAAUCUAACUCACCCCAGGUUGAGCGGCCCAGUCCAUGGACAUCCGUUUCAGAUACCUCCGAAACUAUGCCAAGGCGAGGGAUUACCCGGCGAAGCAGCAUUGUUCAAGAACGAUUUAUUCCCGAUCCGACAGAUGGGACGGCAAAUAAUCAGCCCUCGUCGGGUUCAGACCCCCAGCAGCGAAGAGGCAUAUUCAGGAAGGAAGUGAUGAUGCCAGCUUGGCAAUUCUUCAGUCUGAUCCGUACGUUCUCCCAUUCCUCGCCCGAGGUGGCAUCAACUGACGUCUAUGUCCGUACAGCAUGGUACACGGAGAAUUCACCGACAAACGAUGCUCAAGUGGCAGCUCACUUUGCUUCCAAGCGACCCAUUCUUGGCAUGUGUUUGAAGCGCUAUUCAUUUACUCCCAACGGGAACGCCACUCGACGGGAUACAUACAUCGACAUUCCAACUGAGAUUGGUCUGCCUCAUUUUAUCCAAGAUGACAACAUGGACGCAGAUGCACCAAUUUAUGGAAACUUCAAGCUUUCUCUCCAGGCAAUGGUCUGCCAUCGCGGCAACUCCGUCGACUCGGGACACUAUAUUUCCAUAGUCCGAGGAACCAGCGCCAACCUUACACCCUCUACCUCUAGUGGUAGCUCCGACACGCUUGAGACGCCAAAACACUGGAUGCGCUUCGAUGAUCUCGCUGCAGAACGAGUGACCCUUAUUGAUAUUGAAACUGCAUUGAGGACGGAGUCACCUUAUCUUCUAUUUUACCAGAUUCUUCCUAUUAACCAAGACGCCUCGCUGGCUAAUCUUCCCAACAAAGCACCCUCGUCGCGUGCAUCUGAUGCUACUCUUGAUGUGGACAUGGCCGAUAUCGCCCAGAAAUACCGAUACGUUUCUGGAAAUGAAACAGAUGGAAGCGUGACCGAAGUGAACUCUGCUCGGCCCAGUUUUGAAAUCACUGCUCCUGAUAGCCCAAGCGCCCAAGCCUUGAAUAGCACCGGGAGAAGACCUUCCAGUGUGAUCUUCUCCGAGACAGCACCCACCGGCCCCCCAGGCACGAUCAAUUCCAUCUAUGUCACCAAAGCUAGCCCCCAUGGAAGAAGAAGAAGUUCCAAAGAACUCAUUUAG